AUGGAUGCCAAAAACGUCGUCACCUACAAGGCGAUCAAACCACGAUCAAGCUUUACCAGCUCGUGUUCAACCACAGGCGAAGAUUCUGAAAGCCUCCUAGAGAGAAAUGAAGUGCUUCGACGGCGACAUGUCUGGCGGGAGCUAAGCUUAUCGAACUACAUUUGGGUAGUCCAUGCUGUAUUCUUCCUAUUUUCACUCUCAUUCUUCCUUUCGGGACUUCAGCAGAGAUACCCGACAGAACAACAGUGCGCGGCUCAACUGUCCGCUUACUCACCGGCCUUGGAAGCAGUGGAGUAUGAGACUGUCCGCUUCCAAGGAGCGUUGCUCGAUAAAAACCCCUACAAAGGCGAACCGAGUCCAGAACUGGACGCUGCAUGGGACGAGAUCGUAGACAUGAGACAAGUCAAGGUCGAUCCAAGCGAUCUGGCGUAUCUGAAAAAGCCACCAACCCAAACCAAGCUGCGCACCACGGACAGAGACUGGUAUACCGGUGGCUUGGAAGUAUUCCAUCAGUUACAUUGUGUAAAUUUGGUUCGGCAAUAUACAUACUUUGACUAUUAUUCCCGUCUUGAAAAUCGACCUCUUCCUUUCACGGAUUCCAAUCAUACCCUUCGCCUGCACAUUGACCACUGCAUCGACAUGCUCCGGCAGGUAGUGCAAUGCCAUGGAGAUGUUGGCAUCGUGACCGGCAGCUGGGUCGAAGGCUUUCCUGAUCCGUAUCCCGAUUUUAGCACCUGGCAUAAAUGCCGGAAAUUCCAGCCGUUGAAGGACUAUACACAGGAACAUCUCCUCGAAGAGAAGGUCGUGAAAACAUCGGAGGAUUUAACUCUUCCUAAACCACCCUGCGAGAAUGCUGGUCCCCAUGAUAUUUGUCCAUAG